GCGGCUGUCCCUCGGUCCACAUGAAGAAGGACUUCUUCUUGCGUCACUCGUCCUGCGCUCGCUCAGAAACCUUCAUCAACCUGCGCGAGGUGAGCGCCAGGCUCCGCCUCCCGCCCGGCGAGUACCUGAUCGUCCCGUCGACCUUUGAACCCUCGAAGGAGGCGGACUUCGUCCUGAGGGUGUUCACGGAGAAGCAGUCAGAGACGGAGGAGAUGGACGAUGACGUGGUGGCGACCUUUGAAGCGGAGGAGGAGCUCUCAGAGAGUGACGUGGACGACUCGUUCAGGUCCAUGUUCGCUCAGCUGUCUGGAGAUGACAUGGAGAUCUCCGUCAGAGAGCUGAGGACCAUCCUCAACAGAGUCGUGUCCAAACACAGAGACCUGCAGACUGACGGCUUCAGUAUGGAGUCCUGCAGAGCCAUGGUCUGCCUCAUGGAUAAAGACGGCAGCGCUCGGCUCGGCCUGCUGGAGUUUCAGGUUCUCUGGAACAAGAUCAGGAAGUGGCUGGGGAUCUUCAGAGAGUUCGACCUGGAUAAAUCAGGAUGUAUGAGCUCCUACGAGAUGCGUCUGGCUUUAGAGAACGGAGGGUUCAAACUGAACAACAGGUUGUAUCAGAUGCUGAUCGCUCGAUACGCCGAUAACGAGAUCAUCGACUUCGAUAACUUCACCUGCUGCCUCGUCAAGCUGGAGGCCAUGUUCAAGGCGUUCCAGGACCUGGACCGAGAGGGGACGGGCCGAGCAGAGAUGAACAUCAUAGAGUGGCUCUGUGUGACCAUGUGUGGCUGAAGCACAGAAGAAGAAGAUCUUCAGUCAAAGUGCCUCCAACAGGAAGAAAUCAGGAAACCAAAAUUCAACCAAACACAGCAGAACCACACUGAGCUGCACAGAACUACAGCCAGACUACAGCCAGACUACAGCCAGACUACAGCCAGACUACAGCUAGACUACAGCCAGACUACAACUAGACUACAGCUAGACUACAGCCAGACUACAGCCAGACUACAGCCAGACUACAGCUAGACUACAGCCAGACUACAGCCAGACUACAGCCAGACUACAGCCAGACUACAGCUAGACUACAGCUAGACUACAGCCAGACUACAGCCAGACCACAGCCAGACUACAGCCAGACUACAGCCAGACUACAGCUAGACUACAGUCAAACUACAGUCACACUACAGUCACACUACAGUCAGACUACAGUCCCACUACAGCCAGACUAAAACCAAACUACAGUCAGACUACAGUCAGACUACAGUCAGGCUACAGUCACACUACAGUCACACUACAGUCACACUAAAACCAGACUACAGUCACACUACAGUCAGACUACAGUCCCACUAUAGCUAGACUACAGUCCCACUACAGUCAGACUAAAACCAAACUACAGUCAGACUAAAACCAAACUACAGUCAGACUACAGUCAGACUACAGUCACACUACAGUCACACUACAGUCACACUACAGUCCCACUACAGUCAGACUACAGUCACACUACAGUCCCACUAUAGCUUGACUACAGUCAGACUACAGUCACACUACAGUCACACUACAGUCACACUACAGUCCCACUACAGUCAGACUACAGUCACACUACAGUCCCACUAUAGCUUGACUACAGUCAGACUACAGUCAGACUACAGUCACACUACAGUCACACUACAGUCACACUACAGUCCCACUACAGUCAGACUACAGUCCCACUACAGUCCCACUAUAGCUUGACUACAGUCAGACUACAGUCAGUAAUGCUGUAGUUCUGUGCUGACGUGCUCAGAGUCUUCCAUGGUCAGCGUAGAGGAUCACUGCUGUCAGAAACAAACUGAAACCACGUUCAGGGACCUGAAGCCUGGGGCGCUGGUGGCCUAGCGGUCUAAGCGCCCCACAUACAGAGGCUACAGCCCUCGUCGCAGGGGUUGCCGGUUCGAUUCCCGGCCGCAACCAUUUCCUGCAUGUCCCCCCCCCCUGUCUCUCUUCAGCUGAAGCCUGACCAUGAAAGAGUUAAUAUAAGACGAGUUAACCUUUGACCUUUAGAGGACUCUGUUUGUUUCUGUCAGCAGUCAAACUGUGGAUCACACUCUACACAUAUAUAUAAUCCAGGACCACUACAGGACCACCACAGGACCACUACAGUCCUGAGUCGGCUCCUGCUCCUCGUGUACUCAGCCUGCUGCAGAUAGGGGGCGCUACAGCUCACUCACUAAUGCCUCUGUAUUUAUCUAUUUAUUUGUUUUUGAGCUGCACCCUGUCGCCUCCACCACACCUCCACCUGGGUUUGUUCUCAGGGCAGUGAAGGCAUCAUGAGGUGGAGGCGUUCAGGGUCAGACUGAUGUAGCAGAACCUCAUGUUUACACUGAAUAAAGAAACAGAACAAA